AUGGCUGGUCCUCCACCUCCACCUCCACCUCCCCCUCCAGCACUUGGAGGGUCGUCGAAUUUACCUCCAGGUCCACCUCCAGUUAUGCCUGCUGGCAGAGAUGCUUUACUCGGUGAUAUUAGAAAAGGUGCAAGAUUGAAGAAAGCAACAACCGUUGAUAAAUCAAAACCCAUUUUAGAUUCUAAGUCUUCUGGAUCCGUUGGGACACCAGCACCUCCCUCGUCUUCGUCAGGAUCGCAUGGUGCGCCAGCUCCUCCUCUUAGUGGAAUUCCCCAGUUGGGAGACAUUUUUGCAGGAGGUAUGCCAAAAUUGAAGUCUGUAAAUAAGCAUGAUAAUAGGUCAGGAAUAGUACCUCCAUCAGCACCCAAGAUUCCGGUGCCUUCUGGUGCGUCUCCCCUGGUGCCUUCGUCUAGACCGCAAGCUAACAAGCCGCAAGCCGCUCCACCUAUGCCAUCUUCAAGACCUAGUAGGCAUACUGAUCAAAAGCCAUCGAUACCAUCGGGGUCAUCGGUGCCAUCAGUUGCAGCUCCACCGGUCCCUUCGGCUCCUCCUCCACCACCAGUAUCCAAUGCUCCAGACCCUGGUUCGAAGUCUGGAUUAAAAGUACCACCUAAAAUGCCGCCAAACAGACCAAAAAAGUCAUCACAUUUGAAAUCCGGCUCAGUGAAUUCAAUUAGUUCUUUUGAAGAUGAGAAUUCCUCGACACCUUCUUCAAUCCCUACAUCUCCACCACCUCUUCCAGCAUCGUCUGCUCCUCCUCCUCCUCCACUUCCAACAACUUCUGCACCACCACCACCUCCACCUCCAGCAUCUUCUGCUCCUACACCUCCACCAGUACCAUCAUCAGGUGCUCCUCCUCCUCCUCCUCCCUUUCCGAAUUUAUCAGCUACAUCUCAAAAACCUUCAGCUUCAACAACACUGUCGCUGGCUCCGACACCUCCCGCUACUGGUGGAGCAUUACCAUUUUUGGCUGAGAUUAAUGCAAAGAGAGACGAAUCGUACGUGGUUGAUUCUGUCCCUUCAUCUUCAAGGGCUGCAAAAAAUAGCGGACCUUCAAACAUUCCAAAGUCGAUACCAAAUACUUCAGCUCCACCUAAACCUAUAUCGCAUCCACCAGCACCGAAGGCACCACCAGCACCGAAAGCACCACCAGCACCGAAAGCACCACCUAUUCCCAAGACUAAUGCACCACCACCUGCUCCACCUGCUCCACCUGCUCCACCUGCAAUUCCAAGCUUCUCUAGCUCGUCAAGUUCGAAUUCGAAACCUCCUGCUGCACCUCAAGGCUCGUUACCUUUUCUUGCUGACAUUAAUUCCAAAAGAGAUGAUAAUAACAUAAUUGAUGAGAGUCUGAACGUAUCUUCUCCUGCUCCAAAAGCGGAACCACCGUCGAAUGUCGCAAAACCAUUGUUGAUCCCACCCACACCACCAUCUAUUGCUCCGACGCCUGUUUCUAACCCAAGCAGGCCACCACCAACACCAAAGAACGUCCAACUGCCCACACCGCCUGUAUCUCUGGCACCUCCAUUACCGCCAUCCUCGGCUCCAAGUACACCUUCACUACCAAAUUCAGUGCCUCCCUCAUUACCUGCUUCAAACACAACUUCCAAGACAAAGAAAACUCCUCCGCCUCCUCCUCCUCCUCCGGCAGCUAAAAGCUCCAUGCUAGUAGAUCUGCAACAAAACGCUGGUGAGUCUUUAAGAAAAAUAUCUGCCCUGGCCUACACUAUUAAUACGUCACAAAAUAGAAAUGGCAAAGCUAAUAAUUCGUCUUCGAAGAUUGUAAUUGAAGAUACUGGAAAAAGGUUCAAAUUUAUUAAUGCAUCUUCCAUUCCACACCCAAGGAGAUAUGGAGAAAACGGUGACCAUACUAAAUUAUAUCCUAGUGGUAGAGGUUCAUCUGUUCCAUUAGAUUUAAGUUUAUAUUCAUAA